UUAUUGCGCGCCGAUUGCAUUCCUAAAGUUCCGAGACGUGCGCGAUCGGAGCGAGCUUGUCCCGGCGUCAUCUCGCGCCGCACAGUAGUCGGUUGGCAUAGCAAUGCCGCGUUCCGAUUUUUCAACAUAACCAUAUUCCGUUGUCGUCGUCCUUUGACGAAAAUCGUGAUCGCGAUCGUGACAAUCUCGGACGCGCUGAGCAUGCCCGACAUCUGGAAGUUGUUGCGAUGGAUACCGGUGCGCGCGAUAAUCUGCGUCAUGAUGUUCACGGCUUGUUGGACGUCGUACAUGUGUCGGCUGCAGAUGCCCAUCCUCGCGGUGCCGAUGAUCCGUGAGAAGGCCGGGGAGGCGGGGAGCGCGAACGCCUGUCAAAAUUCCAACGGUGACGGCGGAGCCGCGGGUUCCAACGGGGAUGUGCGAAGGAUCUGGCAGAGCACCGACGUGUUGAUGCACGAUAUCGUGGACGAGCAGUGGAGCCGCCGAUUGAGACGUCAGGACGAUGCUGACGAUCACGCUCAUGAAAAGAGGACAAUGACCGAGUGGUUCACGGGUAAUCCCUUCGAUUGGUCGCCGUCGCUCAGAGGCCAGUUGUUGGCCGCGUACGCAUACGGAAACGUACCUGGCAAUCUGAUCGGCGGUGUACUGGCCAUCAAGUUCGGUCCACGGCAAACAAUUCUAUGGACAUCGGUGCUCGCUGCAGUAGUGUCCCUAGUGAGUCCGCUUCUGGCAAAUGUUCACUGGGGCUUCCUGAUGGCAAGUCGUGUUAUCGUCGGCUUGACCGGCGGAAUAACCUUCCCAGCUUGUCACACUCUCGUUGCCAAAUGGGCACCACCCGACGAAAAAUCGCGAUUCGUGUGGUCAUUGCUCGGUGGGACCUUUGGCACGAUAUUCACUUACCCAAUGAUCGCUGCUCUUGCGGAAAAAAUCAAUUGGGAGAGUGGCUGGUACGUACCGUCGCUGCUGUUGCUGUUUUGGUGCUUCUUUUGGUGGCUGCUGGCUUACGACUCGCCAAACGAGCAUCCUGGAAUCACCGAUGAGGAAAAGAAUUAUAUAAUCUCAUCGCAAGCCGGCACUGUGCGCGCAGAGAGGCCAACGUUGAAGGAAACGCCACUCGGAGCGAUCUUCACCUCGAUACCGUUCAUCUCGCUGAUCAUCUGUCACUUUGGCAACUUAUUCCUGCUGUUCUUUUAUCAGAACUCCAUGAUGCUAUAUCUCACUAAAGCGCUCGGCUUUCAAUUGACGAAAGGUGGCUUACUCGCGUCCUUGCCGUGGUUCGCUCGAAUGCUCUUCGGCUUUUUCUUCAGCUGGGGCGGUGACAUUGUCAAGCGCAAGCAGAUCGUGUCGCUGACCGCGUUUCGCAAAAGCGCUAUGAUAUUCUCUCACUUAUUGCCAGGAGUCUGCCUGAUCAUCGUCGGCUACGUCGGCUGCUCGUUCGUCCUCGCCAAUACCUUUCUGUUUCUAGCGUUGGGAUUCAACGGUGCCGCGAGCAUCUCAAACUUGUCGAACAAUCAAGAUCUUUCGCCGAACUUUGCGGGCUUUCUGUAUGGGAUCAUGAACACCGUUGGAACGACUACCGGGAUGAUAAUUCCACCUAUGGUCGAGGCGAUCGCCGGCAAACACAAUAAUGCGAUUGAACAAUGGCAAAUUGUCUUUUGGAUCGGCGCAAGUGUUUGCAUCGUCUCCAUGAUUAUAUAUAUACUUGGAGGAAGUGCACAAAUACAGCCGUGGAACGAAGGCAAGAAGCCUCGAGCUUGAGACAAGUACUCUUUCAUAAUUUAUGUUUUAAGAAUAAUUUUGUCGUGUAAAUUGACAUGUGUGCGUUUCGGUGAAUGAAUAUUUUGUUAUGUUAGUCUGUAGUAAUGAAUUGUAAAGGAUCGAGCAAAAUUGCACUGUUGUCAUUUUCCAUUGUGAUAUAUAAAUUAUACAUUGAUGCUGUUAUAGAAAUUAAUGUUUUUUUAUUUUACGAGUUAGCAGGGAUA